AAGAAAAGAGGAACUCUAAUUCUGAGGAGUUGGAUAAACCUGUCUGAAGAUCCAAGUUUGGUUCAAGGGGCUGCCAUGAAAAGCCUGCUGAGCAAGUUGCUGCUGGCAUGUUGCCUAUACAGCCUGAGCACAUUAGGAGACAGCAUCCUCAUUGAACUGGCAUCUAUCAAUGGAUACACCUUCUACCAUUCUCUAUUUAUACAACCAGUCGUCUAAGGGGCACAUUUCUUACUGCAUACCCUCAUCAGAUCAAGUAAGAAGAGUUACAAAUGGCCAAUUCAACCAGGUGGCAAAAGGACAAUGUGUUAGUGCUGUGGAGGCAGAACAUGCUUUAAUGAAGAAAGUCUUCACUGACUACAACCUUAAGGUCCGGCCGGCCCGCACCCCAGAAGAGAGGGUGGUGGUUCGCGUGGGGAUGAUCCUCUCCUCCUUCGUUGGACUGAACAUGAAAAAUGAAGAAAUGAGCACAAUUGUUGUCAUGAAUCUGGAAUGGACGGAUUAUCGGCUCACAUGGAAACCCAAGGAGCAUGAUGGGAUUGAGGUGUUGCGUGUCCCCUCUGGGAAGAUGUGGCUUCCUGACAUUGUUCUCAUUAAUAAUAAUGAUGGUGUGUUUGAUGUGGCCCUUCACGUCCAUGUUCAGGUUUACAGUAACGGCAGGGUAACAUGGACACCCCCUGCUCUCUACUGCAGCUCCUGUGGAGUCAAGGUUACAUAUUUCCCAUUUGACUGGCAGAACUGCUCAAUGCAGUUUCGCUCUUACACAUACGAUUCAACAGAGAUCAACCUGCAGUACGCAAGAGACUCGAGAGGCAAGGAGAUCAGGGAGAUCCAGUUGGAUGAAGGCUUCAGUGAGAGCGGCGAGUGGUACAUCAGACACAAGCCAAGCAGGAAGAACAUGAAUGACGACAUGUACGAAGAAAUGACUUUCUACCUGAUCAUAGAGAGAAAGCCUCUGUACUACAUCAUAAACAUCAUCAUCCCCUGUAUCCUCAUCACAAUCAUCGCCAUAUUCAACUUCUACCUGCCUCCGGAUGCAGGAGAGAAGAUGGGUCUGUCCAUCAACGUGCUUCUCACCCUCACUGUGUUCCUGCUGCUGCUGGCCGAUAAGAUCCCUGAGACAUCACUUGGUGUCCCCAUCAUCGUCAACUACAUCAUGUUCACCAUGAUCCUGGUCACCUUCUCCGUCAUUCUGAGCGUGGUCGUCCUAAACUUGCACCACCGCUCCUCCAACACCCACAUGAUGCCCAUGUGGGUACGCAAGAUCUUCAUCCACAUGCUGCCUCCUUACCUCUGCAUGAUGCGUCCAAAAGUAGAGACCCCGCUUUCCCUCGAGAUCAUUCCCCGCAGGGAAAAACAGAUGGUGAUGUCCAUCAGCAAAGUCGUUGAUGAGUACUUUAUCCGCAAGCCUGACAUGUCCAUCUUGUUCCCCAAGCCCAACAGGUUCCAGCCAGAGGGUCUGUGCACAGAUUUGAAGAAGUUCAUUGACGGUCCCAGCACCUACCUUACUCUGCCUGACGAGCUCAAGUCAGCUAUCGAGGCCAUCACGUACAUUGCUGAGGCCCUGCAGGCUGAGAAAGACUAUGAAGCUCUGAAAGAGGACUGGCAGUACGUGGCCAUGGUGGUGGACCGCAUGUUUCUCUGGAUCUUCGUCGUCUUCACCACAGUGGGCACUCUGGCCAUUUUUGCUGAUGCCAGCUUCAAUCACACCCCCACAGAUCCCUUCAAAUGGGCCUGAGGACCUGAAAUACUGUGUUUACCUGUGCCACCCUUCAGGAAAUGGUGCAGAACAUUGUUCCAUAAGUGGAGUCAGGCUAGAUUCUUACACUGUGACAGUUUCUGUCCAGGGAUCUAUGUGACUUUGAUGUUUAAAAGCAUUUUAGCCACAGCUGAACUCAGAUAUUUCAACAUGCUGUUAACACAUAAACACCAUGAAAAGCCAGUUGCUAUAAUAAGCUGGCAGAGUGCCUUUCAUACUGCCUUUACAAUGAACGUGGCAAAUGCCUGGGGGAUAUUUCUGCAGCCAGUGUAAUCCUAUUUGUGCUUUAGACACUGCUGCAUAGGUGCACAUUUGUUUGGAGGCUAAUCUUGUGUUAAAGUGCAGAACAUCAGUUUCCUCUGUCUCACAAGGACACCAAGUGUCCUUUAUGGUACAUACAUAGCUGCAACUGGGCAUUUGUUUUGGUCAUUUUAAUAAAGAUCUGAGGGGAGGAUAUCAAA